AUGGAAACUCAACUCGUCGACUUCAUCACACUGAACGUCGGUGUUACUUAUAAAAUAGUGAAACAACAAACUAUCGAUUUGGGCGUGUCUGGUUCUGUCGAGCUCCUCUCUAUCAUUCGAAACGACAAAUUAGUCAAACAAUUUACUCUCUAUAUCAUCGAAACUGAAAAACUCAAUUUUGAAGUCGACGUCGACACGGUCGAAACAGCUUUAAAUCUGGGUAAAAACAAUGACUUGUUUUUACUCAGAAUAUCCAAAGUGAGUCAAUUCAAAACAACAAACAACGCUGGACUUUUUGUGUUGUGUUGUGACUCCAUAACAAGCGAAGAGUGUCUUGGUCUGAAAAUCACAACAGAUGUGGCGAAAUACUUCUACGCAGAUUUGUACCAUAUCAUCGACUCUAUAAAGAACAAUAAAGUGUAUCUAUCAGUCAAAACUAUCACGUUCAAACAAGACGCUGUACUCACGACCCUUCAGAAUAAAUGCGAACAGAACGUCUCUCCGAUUCCACAUUUACUCCUUUCCCCAUUGUCGUUGAUCCUUCCAGUCGUAAACAAACAAUUUAACACAGAAAGUAAUUUGAAGGGCAUUUUAGACGUCGCAACUUUGAUUGAAGAGAACAUUGAAAUAACUAACACAUCUGAUUUGUCGUUCUUGGCAGAUUCUAAGGGCUUCUUGUCGAUGCUUUCAAAGUCCACUGAAGUCACACAACAGACAUUUUCCUUUCUCAAUAGCUGUCAGAAGUUCCAAGACCUUCCUCGAGGCAAUUUGGACGACUACAAAGCAAAGCGAUUUAUCUCACAUGGAUCAUUUGGCCUUGUUUUUGAAGUUGAAAAGGAUGGAAAGUGCUUUGCAAUGAAACAGUCGUGUCGCGCCGAUUUAAUUCAACGUGAAGCCCGAGCUAUGCGAUUAUUCGACCAUCCCAAUUUGUUGUCUUUGUUCGAUUAUAUAGAGUCUUCCGAGUCCUUUGCAGCGCGUCUUGGGAUCAAGACUAAUCGAGCAAGGAAGUAUUAUUAUAUAGUGAUGGAGUGUUGUCAGUGUUCUUUGAUGGAGUAUAUCCAAUCAAAGAACCUCAGCAAGACUGAGAUCUCGUCAUUACUCCGACAAAUCAAUGAAGGGUUACGAUAUCUUCUGAAUGAAAAGAAAAUGGUACACCGAGAUAUUAAGCUCGAAAAUAUAUUAUUGAAGCGUGAAGACACAACAAAAAGACUUGAAGUGAAAAUAGCGGACUAUGGCUUUUGUCGUGUCUUCAAUAAAAGUCCAGAACAUGGUGUUAUUGGAACACCAAUAUACUUGUGUCCAGAGAUCGCGUGCUUCUCAUGCCCUACAGUUAAAAGCGACUUGUAUUCUGUUGGCGUGAUGAUUUAUAAAAUGGUCACUGGUGUCUUCCCUAAGAUGAAUUUUUCUACCACGUCUGGUGUGUCUUUACAGGAACCAGAAGCUACAAAUACUCAUUUUCCUUACUUCAAGGAAUUGGUUGAAAAAUUGAUCACUAAUGAGAAUGAAAGAAUAUCGUGGGAGUCGUACUUUUCGCAUCCGUUUUUUAUAUCUUGUUAA